UUGCGAAGAAGAGAAUGCCCAACCGCGCCCGCCGGUCGCUGCCCGACGAACGCAAGCGCCACGUGGCCAUCAUCGCUCGCCUCCUCCACGAGAGCGCGGCCAAGUCAAGUUUGCCGCCACAUCAAGUGGGCAAAACGCUUCUCCGACUCGCGGUCAAGAUGGAAAACCAGCUCUACACCGCGACGCACGGCCGCGCCCUCACGGACGACGCGAUUCGGAAGCACCUCGUCUUCCUCGCGACCCGCGCAUGCAGCAAGUCGGUGCUCUGACCGCGUCAUAUGUUUCUUUGUACUAUUUAAUCCCGCCUCAGAAGCUAAAGUGAGUCUGUCUUGCGUCUUGUACAGGGUUAUUGAUCCCCACGUCACGUUGUUGGUAGCGAACGGUGAAUGACUGACUGGGACCGAACCAAGAACGUGCAGCGAGACCCGUUUAGGGCACAUACGCCCAGGAGUCGAGAGCCGUAAGUGUUAUAGACCGUCAAGAAGCAUCAAGCGCGCAGACGCAUUGAAACCUGCAUGAUGGGUCCACGUACCAGGUCAACUUGGUUCGUAUAUGUCCAAGGGCGAGAGCGACAAGGCAAGUCCAACGAAUUUGCUCCCUUAAUUCAACUCGUUGUUUACCCUACCCUACCCUACCCUACCCUAACUUGAAACGUGCACCGACCCGCUAAAAAAGCGUAUACACGCCUCUUGUUCGAAGAGAUAUACUAGCUGGGGUCAUCUUUUGAAAGGUUUGGUCGCUCGAUCAGACGUGGCAGUUGGCACGUGACAACCAGCUAGCGUGCGCGUAACAUGAAACUCAUCCAUGUCUGCUAGCCUUGCGA